AUGGGAAAUUGUAUGCGGCGCGAGUCAUCGAUGAGGUGGGGCGGCGAGGAUUGGGGCUCUCCGGCGGCGGAUCAUGGGCUUUUUCCGGUCAACAAAAGUGGUGGAACGUCCAAAAAUGACAUAAUGGAGAUUGAAGAGGAUCAAGGGUUAAUUCUCAAGCAUGGCGGUGAAAAAGGCUUUGUCAAUGCCACUUCUAGCUAUUCUAAUUACGGUACAAGUACAACUAGUGGUACGGAGGUGAAGAUAAAGAUCACGAAGAAGCAAUUGGAGAAGUUGCUGGGCAAAAUGGACGUAAAGGACAUGUCCGUACAACAAGUUUUGGCCCAGUUGAUCAGCGUUAGUGAUAAAUACCAAACACAGCAAAUACGGUCUUGGAGGCCUGCCUUGCAAAGCAUUCCCGAGGUAGACUGA